AUGUCACAGUACGACGAAACAUCUACUUCCCCGCGCCCCAAGUUCCCGAAGUUUCAUAAGAAAACUCGCGCACCGCCUUCGCCGACUGCAGAGGUCGAGAGCGUACCCCUUCCCGAACGUGUCACCGCGUCGUCAUCACCCACCCCAGAGGGCCAGUCCCCUGUCAACCACAGUUUAUUAGCAUCCCCGAGUCGCCCGAUUCGGCCUGGUGACCCCAUUCCUGUGUUGAAAAAAAACAGAUUUGGGACACCUCCCGACGUCUGUGGUCCCUGGGAAGGCAAGGUAGCCACCAUUGGGUCCCUCAACGGGUUUCUCGUGACCUCUCCGACUCGCGAAUACAUCCCCAGGUAUCCUAGGGAGGUCGAGGUCAUCCAGACCUACGAGGACGGCUUCUGGGGGGAACACGAGUAUUCCCGUCACCCCCAACUAUACGUUGAAGAAAUGACCCACCUCGCUUGUAUCCCAGCAACUCCCGAGCAGGAUGAGAUGCUCUUCGAUCUGUUUCACCCGCUGCAUGCGUCGAGGGACUGGACAGAAGAUCGGGACAUCGCGGUGCACGGGCUGGGACUCAUCAAGCGCGAAAUGCGCAAGAGUCUCGGUGAGUGUGCUGCAUAUGUCAUAGCCCGAUUCGAGGCGAUCAGCGCGGCGGACGCCUCUACCUCACGAUACGGGAGUUUCCUGAUCAUGCUGCUCCGUCAGGCGGUGGACCGGAUGAACUACCUGCCGAGUGUGGCGACUAGAUCAAUUGCUGUCGCUGCCCACGUUCAACGACUGGCUCUCGAGCUAGAAGGCCUCACGACUUACCUCCAAGUCGUCCUUCCUCGUAUUGAGUCAUCGGAAGACUUCAGUCACUCGGUCCUAGAUGUUGUGGGCGGUUUCAUCCGGGAAGGAGCUGUCACACAGACUUGGCAUCGGGUCGGCAUCCCGUACUGGGUUCUACAGCCGGUGUCAUCGGAGGUAGCUGUCUGGCGCGUUGUACAAGAGGAUGCCCUACCUUUCUGGCUGUCGACCAGGCCAUGUAACCCACCUAUACUGCAUCGCGCUGGCACAUUUGUCGGGGUUUCCAACCUGACGGGGAACUGGGUCAGUAGUAUGGUGGUGUCGAUAUCGAAACACGCUACGGGCUCCCACUUGGCCCGUUUGAACCUCGCAGCCGUCCCCGAGGUCCCUACAUCAGAGUCGUCCAGCAGUAAGCGCGCCCGCUUCGAAGCCAAGGACAUCAUCACAAAGCAUCUCACCAUGCGUCCUGCGGAUCCAGUCCUGGCAGCAUCGAAGAAGUCCCGGCGACAGAGGCGACGGCAGGAGGGAGACGCACCAGCCGGAGAUUUGGCGAUAGUGGGGAGUGGGUCUGCGGGAACCAGUCAUCGGUCUCAGCCCUCCGGCCAAUCGGGAUCCACCGGGAUCCAGCACCCAUCGCGCAGUCUCGUACUUUCGCCCUUUGUUGAGCUGCCGGCAGUCUGGGCUGAAGCCUUGCGGGCCGCAGGAACGAUACCGCCAUCCCCUAAUUCCGCAUUAUACUUUUUCCCGCCCCCUUUUCUCCUCGAUACGGUCGUCUCCGCCGCCACCGGAUCAGCCGGUUGUGCCCAUCCGGACCGCGCCCGCGUCGACUCCAAGGUGAAUCGUUAUCUACACAACCUCUUGCGCAUUCGUCAGUUCUGUCGGACCCGCCUCUUCGACCUCUCCCUCAACAACCGGCCUUUGACAAUCACCGAAUGGAGAGCGGCCCUGUGGGGAGACUAUUUGCCGCAGGGCAGCGUGCGGACGAGUGGCACCGGCGCUGAUGCUCGACGCGCCAAGCGACGUCGGGACGAACGCAACGAGAUCGGGUUGCUGUUUCACAAAGUCGCUCACAUGGACUCGUACGACGAGACCGCACUUGUCAAAUUCGAGAACCGCCAGGUCGAUAUCCACACUAUCGCGAACGACCCUGCAAUUCGUGCUACGCUUUUGUGGGAGGCUCACGAGGUCAAUUUCCGAGCGGAGUUGAUCGCCCUAGAUACUCUCCUCGUUCACAAGGUCGAUUGGAUGGAGAUCCACCGCUGGGAAAGAGAAAUGCUCGUCUCGGGGGUAUGGGGCCCGCCUUCUUCGGCGGCGACGGUGACCGCCGCAAUUGAUCCCUCGCUGCGCGUCUUCUGUUGGUACACGCCGCCCCAGGAGCACUGGGAUACGUGUCGUGAGCGGCUUCGCACCUUCGCGCGUGUGCUGACGCGGUGGCCAGAUUGUCCGGAAGACGUCAUACAAGCGUCCCGGAGCGAGUUGCACGAGGACGACUUCCGGGAGGCGCAACGGCGCGCGGUGAGCUUCUAUGUACAGACCUUUGUAUCGCAGUACUCAAGGCUGCCGAUUCCUCCCAUCUUGUCCGCGGGGGCGUAA